AUGAAAAUUCCCCAACCCAACCCUGCACCCAAGCUUGCACCACCCUCAAAGGAACAGGGCCAGAAUGGGGACGGAAACAACCCCAUCGUCUCCCUCGACCCAACAACACCCCUGAACCCACAACCCUUGAUAGCCGACAUUCUCCGCACGAGGUACUGCAUGCCAAGCUCGGUGUUUCUGGUCGAGUCCAUCGAGCGGAAUAUUCCCGUCUCAGAUCUACUACUGCCUCCUGCUCCGGAAGAUGGCCACCAACCUGGCAGUAGGAUCAGACGGCUAUAUCAUCGUCACCGUAGGCCAAUGAGGACGGUGAGAUUGUUACUUGGCGACGGGGAGCUGUGUAUCCAGGCGUUUUGCAGAGGCGAGAUUCAUCGGUUUGUGGAUUCGGGGAGUGUGUUUGAAGGGGCGUAUGUGAGGUUGGAUAGGUUUGAUCUAAGGUUUGUGGAUACGAAGGAAAGGGGGAAGACGGUGUAUUUGGUUGUGGAAGAUAUGGUUACAGUCGGGUGGAAUGAGGCGUAUAUGGGUAUUCUAAGGAGGGAAAAGGAGGAGAAGCAGAGGGCUGCUGUGAAGGACCAAACGGACAAAGGGGUUGUUGAAGGCGAGGAAGAGCGGGAAGGUGAAGAAGGGCAAACGUCUGCUCAGGAUGAUGAUAGCUUUCAUGAUGUGGACAGCGAGGAGGUUCUGCAGCAAAUAAUGGAGAGGAAGGCUACAACAGCUGCAGCGACCGCGCCAGCCAUUACCGCCGAGAUCCAUUCCGACAAUAAGCCGCAACCCCGAGCCGCACACCAAACCCCUAACAACGACUCCGACGAUCCAGACUACAUCUCCGACUCCGACUCGGCUUUUGAAACCCUUACCAUAUCCACCGAACGUGCCAACCAACGCCGCGUGCCCAUCACCAUUCCCGACCGGAGACAGCAACUCGAAGCAGCGAUCAUCAAGCAAAACCAACAACAGCAACAACACCGACCCUCCGCACCCAUCAUAACCCGCCCGCGGCCGUGGCUCCCAACAUCAGCCACCCAGCCCGUCAAACUGACCCCGCUCGCCUCCAUCCCCCACCUCCCGUACCGCCAAAACUGGAUGAUCAACGUGCUCGCCAUCGUCGUCUCCCUCGCACCCGUCGAGCCCUCGUACAUCGCGCCCUCGUUCCGGCAGCGCACCGCUCGGCUCGCGGACCCUAGCACCCCUGACAAGCACAUCCUCCUGACUGUCUACCUCGACCCAGACGAGUUUCUGCCUGAAGUUGGGAGUGCGGUGCUCCUUUUGGGGGUAAAGAAUCACCUUUAUGAGGGCGGGUCGUUGCGCAAAUAUGUCAGUGAUGGGUUGGUGGGCCGGGGCAGCUGGUGGGUUCAGAGGGUGGAUGAGCUUGGGUGGUGUCAGGGGGAGGUGGAGAGGUUGAGGGCGUGGUGGGAGGCCGAGGGGAGGGGAAGGGGAAGUUGA